AUGUCCUCUGGUUUGAAAGUGAAGGAGUCGGCAUGGUGCAAAAAGGAAACUGAAGAAAUGGAAUCGGUAAUAUCAUUUGCUGAAAUAAUGAGCGAGGAAUUAGCAGAACAACUUGAGGAAGAAAAUGCUAGCAGUCUCGAUCCGUCUAUAGCUCAAUAUGGUUUAAGCCCUAAUGAACUAGCGCAAUGUAAAAGUGAUCUAGAACUUGCUAGAAAGCUACAGGAAGAAUUUGAUCGAGAAUAUGAAAUGAGUUUAAAGUCAGCAGAAACAAAAGAAAUUAGAACAAAGAUUGAAUUUGGAUUUGAGCGCUACCAUCCUUCUUACGAUAGCGAUUAUGAUUUAGAGGAGGAACUGAGUGAAGACGACGAAGAUUUGCGAGAAGUCGCUAUUGAUUUUCUCUAUUCAAGACCAAAAGAUGAGUUCCCAUCGAGCGGUUAUAUGCGUGAUGGUUCAGGACAUUUAAUUACAAAACAUGAUAAAGAAAUCGCUGAGAGACGUAAUUCCGAAAAAGUGAUGCAUCUUCCUAUUGAUAUUCCCACUGGCGAUGUAGUCGGUGAAAAACUGAGCAAUAGAGUUUACAAUAAACUGCGUAAUUACUGCAAAACUGAUCAAAGAAGGAAUGCUCGUGUGAAAGAUAAGGAUGAAAAAGCAACAAAUGAGUUAAGCAUGGACAAGGUCACUCGGUUGAUAAUCUAUAGAUUUAUUACAACUGGUCUUUUCGAUGUAAUCGGAAAUGUUAUUGCAACAGGCAAGGAAUCGAUAGUUUUGCGCGCAAUAGCACAUGGUGAUGGAGUGCGACUUUUUGAAGAAAAACACUGCGCUUUGAAAGUUUUCAAAAUGGCGUUGUCAGAAUUCAAAAAUAGAUCAGAAUAUGUCCAAGAUGAUUAUCGUUUCAAAAAUCCACGGCGGGUGUUGCGAAUUUGGGCUGAGAAGGAGAUGGUACGAGCAGGUGUGAAAUGUCCUAAACCGAUUCGUCUUAGAAAACAUAUUAUGAUUAUGACAUUCAUCGGUUCUAAUGGUAUUGCAGCUCGUAAAUUGAAGGAUAUUGAAUGGAUUGAUCAGGAAAUUAUUUAUGAUACAUUUUUGCAAGUGAAAGAGGCAAUGAUUAAAAUGUUUUCGGAUUGCAACCUGGUACACGGUGAUCUCAGCGAAUUUAAUAUCCUUUAUCAUGAAAAUGAUGUUUACAUUAUUGAUGUCUCACAGGCAAUGGACAUUUCACAUCCUCGAGCAUUAUUUUUCUUGUUGCGUGACAUCAACAAUGUCUUAGAGUUUUUUGGAAAAUUGGGUACUAAGAAUUUACCAUCAGCAACUGAGCUGUUCAACGAAAUUACUGGUCUGAAUAUGGAUCCAGAGAAAAAUCUCGUAGUACAGGUUGAACAUUUUGAAAAAGAUAAUCGUAAUGUUCAGUUACGGUGCGAUAAAGCAAAUCCAGCUGAUAUGGAGUUACGUUUGUAUAAUGCUGAAGUUGCAGAAACACACAAUGAUCUAGCAGAACCAUACAAUUAA